UACCAAUACAAGAACAUCCAAGUUUUACGGGACGUCGUCGCAUCAACCGGUCUUCCAAAACGCACAUCGUCGACGGGUCACCUGUAAGCGCAGAUUACAGUGAGAGAGUUUUCCAAAUCGAGUGCGAGUGCGCGAGAGAGUUUCAGGACUCGAGAUUUAGAGCACAAGGAUGGCUGAAGCCCACUCAGCUGUCGCGUUCAGCUUCUCCAUCACCCACGAGGGCUGGGACGUGAACUUUGACCGCGAGGUACUGAACCUCGUCUGGCAGUCGGGGCUGCGCUCCUGGAAGAAGCGCUUCUUCAGAUUUCAGAACAACAUCAAGAGCGGAGUCUAUCCGGCGUCCCUUCACAGCCUCUGGCUGACUGUGAUCGUAGUAGCGGCGAUCCACUUCGCCGGCUACAAGAUACCCCACGAUCCCGUUGGCAAGGUGGCGCCUUAUCUAUUCGCCUCGUCCCUGCUGGCCCACCUGGCGGGCUGCUUCAUCGUAGGACUGCUCCUAUGGCUGGUCACCAUAUACGCGAUACGCUACACGCUGAAGCUGCUGCUCAUGUACAAAGGUUGGAUGUACGAGGCCAGAGGCGCCGGCUCGUCGGUCUCGCUGCCCACUCGCGUCUGGGCUCACGCCGUCAAAAUAUUCUCGGGCCGGCGCAAGCCUAUGCUGUACAGCUUCCAGGGCUCGCUGCCGAGGCUGCCGCUGCCCAGCGUCGAAGACACCACCCGCAGGUACCUUCGAAGUGUCCGACCACUGCUCGACGACGAGAACUACAAGCGAAUGGAAGCUUUAGCUCACGAGUUUCAGAAUGGCAUAGCCGUCAAACUACAACGCUAUCUAAUGCUCAAAGCUUGGUGGUCGAGCAACUACGUGUCCGAUUGGUGGGAGGAAUACGUCUACCUGCGUGGUCGUUCACCCAUCAUGGUCAACUCCAAUUUUUACGGCAUCGACGCCAUCCUCAUGCAUCCAACCAAAGUACAAUCUGCUCGCGCCGCCAGCGUCAUUCACUCGUGUCUGCUCUACCGUCGAUUAAUCGAACGUCAGGAGCUCGAACCGAUUCUAGUUCAAGGUAUUGUACCAUUGUGUUCAUGGCAGUACGAAAGAGUGUUCAACACCACGAGAAUACCUGGAAUAGAAACCGAUAAAAUUAUACAUUUCAACGACUCAAAACAUGUCGUCGUCUAUCACAAGGGCAAAUAUUUCAAGCUUCCAAUCUACCAUAAAAAUAGACUGUUGCAACCCUGUGAAAUCGAAAUCCAAAUCCAAUCGAUUUUGGACGACAAGAGCACACCUUACGAAGGCGAAGAGAAAUUGGCGGCGUUAACUGCCGGAGAACGAACCCACUGGGCGAAGUCGAGAGAGGAAUAUUUCAGCAAAGGAAUCAAUAAAGUCUCGUUAGACACCAUCGAGAAGGCUGCUUUCAUCGUGGCUUUGGACGAUGUUCCUUACGAAUUUGACAAAAAUCAUCCAGAGAAACUCGACAACUAUGGCCGCAUUCUGCUCCAUGGAAAAGGUUAUGACCGCUGGUUCGAUAAGUCUUUCACUCUUUGCAUCGGAAGUAAUGGCAGAAUUGGUUUUAACGCGGAACACUCGUGGGCAGACGCUGCUGUGAUGUCACAUCUUUGGGAGCAUCUGAUAGUUGAAGAUUCAGCUGAGACACAAUACAAAGAAGACGGACACACAAAAGGUACUCCAGAGUUUAUGCCACCACCACCAGCUCGUCUGCAAUGGGAUUGCAGUACUAAGUGUCUCGAAGCUAUCGAGACUUCAUAUCUGGUAGCCGAGGAAUUGGUUACUGGUGUCGACCUCCGUAUUUACGUUCAUGAUCUUUACGGCAAAGGAUUUAUGAAAAAGAGCAAAAUGUCACCAGAUGCCUAUAUUCAAAUGGCCCUGCAAUUGGCCUACUAUCGUGACAUGGGUAAAUUCUCUCUCACCUAUGAGGCUUCCAUGACAAGAUUGUACCGAGAAGGACGUACCGAAACUGUAAGACCUUGCACCAUUGAAUCGGUUGCUUGGGUAAAGGCUAUGGAGAAUCCUAAUUCUACGACUGAAGAGAAGCAUAAACUCAUAAUGAAAGCUGCAGCUCAACAUCAACGCGGAUACCAAGAUGCCAUGUGUGGGAAAGGAAUAGAUAGGCAUCUUUUCUGCCUGUACGUUGUCUCAAAGUAUUUGGAAGUUGACUCUCCUUUCUUGAAGGAGGUGCUUAGUGAGCCUUGGAAGCUUUCGACUUCGCAAACUCCUCACGGACAAACUUCCAAGUUAGAUCUUAAAAAAUUUCCAGAUUGUAUAUCAGCUGGAGGUGGUUUCGGACCAGUCGCAGAUGAUGGUUACGGUGUUUCUUACAUUAUCGCUGGCGAAGACAUGAUCUUCUUCCAUAUUUCAAGCAAAUAUAAAUCGCCCGAAACUGAUUCUAAGAGGUUUGCUGAAAAAAUCAAAACCGCUCUGAUGGACAUGAAAAAUUUAUUCUUGGAGUAUAGAAAAUUGUAACAAGACCAGGCGAACGGCGUUGCUCGAUAACGUAGUAAUUCGAUAAAGCUUCAAUGUGAGCGAUAAUAAUACGACGACAUGAGUGUAGGAAGAUUGAUGAAGAUUUGUUACUGAAGACAAAGUUUGAAAGUACUGGCAGAAAUUCCAUCUGUUUUAUAAGUCUUUGACAUUAUUUCGAAGUUAAACCAACUGUUUACUAGUAUAUGCACAAAAAAAUUAUACGUGGCGUGUAAAUGAAUUUUAUAAAUUUUUUAAUGACGCCGCGUUAAAUAUAAAAUGCACAAUUAUAUAUGAUGCAAGAAUAGCUAGAUCCAUUAUACUCUUGCAGAAAUUUUUAUCUACGCUAAUAUCUUCCGACCGAGUAACUUGGUUGCUUCCAACUGACAGAGAAUAAUGGUUUUUAAUAAUAUAUAUAUAUAUAUAUAUGAUUUUUUCCAGAAAAAUUAUAAUUUUAUGAGAAUAUUUAUAAAUGAUUCAACUUGGGAAUUCAGAACUGUUUAGGACUAGUAUAAUGCAAGUUUUUUUAUUGUUUUUUUUUUAAAUUUGGCAAUAUACAUCUUGAAUUCUAGUUGAUUGGAUGGAUAUAUAGUUUAUUCCAGUCUUUACCGUAUUAGAUUUAGUAAUAAAUGAUUUACGUAAGAUUUAAACAGAUCAUGAAUUUAGCGUGAAUCAUUGACAUUGUAAUAAAACAGACUUAUAGUCUACACAACCCACAACCAUUUUUCAGAUACCAAAGUAAAAUCAAUGAUAAUUUUAUUCCAUUGUUUUAUUUAGUUCUGAACGGUUCUUUUGAAACUUUUUCGUCGAAUUAAUGCAAUUAUUAGCGUAAAUAUACGCUUGUAUGAUGAGUGAUAUCGUUUUUGUUGUAUAAGUGAUGAGAGAUAGAGAGCGCGAGAGAGAGAGAAAGAUAAAAAACGAAAAAGUUUGUUAAUAAAGACUAUCGAUGUUUUAGACGACAUAAAUAUGUUAAGCGCAAACUUUAUCAAGGUAAAGAUUUUGUUAAUUACAAAAUGUGAUCGCGCCAAUUUUUAGUAUUGGGAAAUGUUGAGUAAUGCCAUGAUCCUAAAAAUGUGCAACCUAUCAAUGCAAAAUAACAAAUAUUACAAAUAAUUUUGUACAAGUAUAUUUUCUAUGUUGUUAACAUGAUUAGUGGUAUUGGUGCUUAAGUUGUAAGUCCUUUGAUAUAAUUUCAAUGGAAAAUAUCAGACUAGAAAAAUUAUAUCUGUACAAUCACUUUUUUUUUUGAAAGUCGAUAUGCACAAACUUGCUUUGAAUUAUAGAGAUUUUUUAAAUGAACUAUUUAACAAUUCGCCAUAAACAGUGUUAUUGUAUACCUUGUCAAUGUAAACUCUACUCUUGUUUUUAACUAUGAAUAAAUUGAUUUUAUAGCCAGAUAUAUCUUGUUUGUCACACUGUUUGUAUACGUAAAUAAUAUAACAAUAAUUAUAAUAGCUUAUCUGACAAUAUCAACUGAAAUUAAAAUAAAUAAAAAUUUUUUUGAUAAAAUAUCCAUUCACUUGAUUAUUAACACAGAUACAUUUAUUUGAGAACACAUAAAUAUAUGCUAUAUUUCUUGCACUUUGACGUUAAUUUUCACAGGUACUAUUAACUUUCAUUUGUCA